UGUUGUGAACAUGAGGAGCAUGUACAGCUGAAAGGUCUCAAGGUCUAGCAAAAAAACAAACUCUGCCAAAUUAACGCUGAAAGGUACAGCACACGCUCCUGAGAUGGGCCUCGGGACCACUGCUGCGCCUCCUCGCUGGGCAAACAAGUGAGACGGACACUUUCAACUGUCAGCCAUCCUAGGAAUGCAGAGGGUCAUAUAACAGCACAGCGCUCACUGCAGACCUGAGAGAAACAGAGCGGAAGCUGCAAGCUGCAAGCAUCCAGCAUCCAUCUGAAAUCUCAGGAAAAGGUGGAGGAGAGCCGUCAUUCCCAAGGUGAUGCUGGUAACGGCAGCGGAGAGGAGACGAGGAAAGCCAGAGAACGAGGAAGACGGAGAAGACGCAGCCAUGAUGGGCACACCUCUCCGGAGGAAAGCCCCGGCAUAUGAGAUGGCUGAAGCUGAACUUCAUAAGGAAAGGCUCCAAGCCCUGGCGGAAAAACGGAAAAGACAAGCCGAGAUAGAGGACAAAAGAAGACAACUUGAUGAACUUGUUCUACAACUUCAGCAUUUCAAGUCCAAAGCCAUGAGGGAGAGAUGGCUUCUGCAGGGGACACCAGCAGUGCCACAAGAGGAAGAAGAAGGUCGGAGAAAACAAGUUGAGCAAGAUGAGCUGCACGUCAAGACACUAGAAGAUGCCAUUCACAGAUUGGAAUCAGAAAUUCUGCUUUUGGAGAAUGAAGAAUCACAGAUCUCAGCUAAAGAGCAAGUUCUGAGACAGCGACUGCGGGAAACAGAGAGAUCUAUUGAAGAUCUACAGAAGAGUCUUCAGAGUCAAGAUGGAGAUGCGGUGAAUUACAACUGUUCCCAGAUCCCGGACUUCCCAGAACUGAACUCCCAACCUCCCGUCUCAGCUUCAGGGGAUCAGCAACCGCCAAGAAAAUCUGCAUUAUACGCCAUGGAGAUCAGUGUCGAAAAGGACAGAAAAACGGGUGCCACCAAGAUCCUCUCAGCCUCAACGGUCAGCCCGCGGGACGUUCACCAGAGGGGCGUCAAAGUCUACGACGACGGCCGCAAAGUGAUCUACGAGGUGCGUUCUGGGGGAUCUACUACACUGGAGAACGGCACGCACCCCUGGGGCCCCGGCGAAGUGGACGAACUCAUGCAGCAAGUCGGCAAGACCCAACAGCGAAGUGACGGCGCCCAGGUCACCGUCACACCGGCUGACCCCCAACCGUCGGAAGGACAGUUGAGCUCCAAAGAGGCCAAGCAAGACAAAAAACAAUCCCCUAGGAAAGGCUACGAAGGCGAGGUCACAGAAACUCCACAAGCUUCAGCCGACAAACCAGUGACCAUGAUCUUCAUGGGAUACCACAGCGUAGAGGACGAGGAGGAAUCCAAGAAGCUGCUUGGCUUUGACGGCACCAUCAAGGCUGAGAUCGUCCUCAUCGACGAGGACGAUGAGAAAUCUCUUCGGGAGAAGACCGUCACUGAUAUCUCCACCAUCGACGGCAACGCCGCAGACCUUGUGUCGGGCCGGCCUCUGUCCGAUACUUCUGAACUGUCUUCAGAAGGCAAAGAUGAAAGCUCGACCAAGGAACUGCCAACCACAGGCGGUGAGAAGGCACGUUCAGUGCUGCUGACGCCAGAGAACGGACUGUAUCCUACAGCCACGGCACGAUCUGCUGACCCUCUGAAGUCCCCUGUACUCUCAGAGGAUGACAGUGAGCUGAAAAGAGAGAGAAGCCUGAAGACUGUGAGUUUUUUCGAUUCUGUGAGUCUGAUAUCCGGUGGCGAGAGCAGCAUGGAGCUUGAAGUUCAGUCCGAGACCCAGCAAAGUUAUGUGAGCAGUGGGCAGAACAGAGCAAGACACGGAGGAGAAGGAAUGGACAGCGAAGUUGCCAAGGAAAUCCUUUACCUGGACGAGGUCCUUGAGGCCAACUGUUGUGACCCCAGGGCAGAAAUGACUUCAAAUGGGACAAGUUCCCCUGAUAUGAAGUCAAUCAGAGUUCACGGAACUGGACCAUCUGUGCGUACUUGCGACACAUCACCCUCACACAACCAUGAAGUUGUUUUAGAAGGCAAAAAACAGAGUACUUUUGUGGAUGAUAACUUCAACACCAAACCCAAUGGUCAUGCAACAGACUAUACAAGAUCACCCGAGUCACCUAGGACAGCAAUGAAGAAAGAGGCACGUUUUGAACUCCGACCAUUUCAUGAAGAGAAGAAACCGUCGAAACUAUUUGACCCCCCAACUGAGAAAGAAGUUCGGGUGAAGAAAGUCAGACCCUCGGAGGAGAUUGCAGAGCUUGAGAGAGAAAGGCUAGAACUCAUCCGGGGUCAAGCAGUCAAGAAAAAUCCCGGAAUUGCAGCAAAGUGGUGGAACCCACCUCAGGAGAAGACACUGGAAGAAGAGCUGGAGCCAGAGCAGCUGGAGUCGCUUCGAAAAUAUGAGGAAAGGAAGCAGAUGAGAAUAGAAUCCCACCGUAUGCCACAAGCUGCACCCAGACACACAACCUCCUUUACCCAACCUGAAAUGGGAAAUAGGGAGGAUGUUGUUAUGGAGGAGAUUGACUUUUCUGCAGCACGCAAGCAAUUUCUGCAGAUGGAGCAUAGCAAGCAGCCCACAGCGCCUAAGAGGAAUGUGGCACCACAGCUUUACUCUGCCAAACCUUUCUUCAGGACUACAGAGGUCACGCAUGUAGAGAGGCCAUGCGGUUAUGUCACAGUUGCCAAUCAAGAAGGGGUCACAUCCCACGACGGAAGUGAAAUCACGACAGUCAAAGCUGAAAAGAUUUACUGCUGCUCUGGAGAAUCUGCCACACCACCCAAAGAUGCAUUCACUCAGAAUGAGCUGAAAGAUGAUGAGUUUACUUGUGCCCGUGCAGUGAUGACCAUAGUGAAGGAUGAGGAUUCUGAUUUGUGUCAACGCUCUUUAAACAGCUCCUACCAUAUGGAAGAAAUCGACUCUGGGUUAGAUGACCUAUCCCUGCGGUCUCAAGACACUACUGUACUUGAGACGCUCUCCAAUGACUUCAGUAUGGACAACAUAAGCGACAGUGGUGCAUCGAAUGAGACCAUGAGUGCCUAUUUGGAAAACUCUCUUGGGGAGUACUCUUUUCCCUCAACUCCAAUGGCUACUACACCAAUUAAUGGAAAACAUGAAAGUGGAAUCAAAUCUCCAGGUGAACAGAGUGGGUCCUAUCAGGCAGAUGGAUUGACGGAAGAAGAACUGGAAUACCACGCUGGUAUUUUAGUCCAAAAUGCUAUCCAACAAGCCAUUGCUCAGCAGAAUGAUAAAUGGGAGCCUCUUCAGGCUACACAGCAUUCAUCCCCCAUCCCCGAGAGACAUGUGGAAAGUAUUGAACCAGAACCACAACCCCUAGUAGAGAGAUCUGCUAUCACACCUCCUCCCAAAGUGCCAUCCCCGCUAGAGGAGAAGAAAACCAUUGCCCCUCAAAUAACUGUAGUCCAAGAUGCUCCGGUUAUUCCAGUGAACACUUACAAAUCUCCCAGUCCCUCUCCACCACCAAGUGAGAAACCAGAAUUCAGCUAUUUCAGUAAGUACUCUGAGGCAGCUGAGCUCAGGAGCACCGCAGCUGUUACUCGCACUCAGGAAGCGGAAGUCACCUCAGGACCGUUCAAGCUGCGCUCACGCAAACAGAGGACCCUGUCCAUGAUCGAAGAGGAGAUUCGAGCGGCCCAAGAGCGUGAGGAAGAGUUGAAGAAGCAACGGCAGGCGCAAACAUUGCACCCGCCCCGUACACAGAAGAUGAAGACCAGCACCCAGCCAAACAAGCUGGUCCUUGCUGGGAAGACAGCACCAGGUAAGAUAGAGAAGAUUCGUCCAGUUCCUCCAGCAUCACCGUGCUCCUCAGAUGGAGCUCUACCCUCGCCGCUGUCUGAUCUGGGCAGUGAUGAUUCUGGAGGAGGACAGCGACCCAAGAACUUCAUGCAGACUUUAAUGGAGGACUUUGAGACACACAAGGUCAAGCGUCGAGAGAAAGCUGAGGACAACAGUUAUGUCCGCUCAGUUACAACUGAGGUUCUGGAGGCAACACGUGUCACUCGCAGAAAAAGUAACAUGGCCCUCCGGUGGGAGGCGGGAAUCUACGCCAAUCAGGAAGAGGCUGAGGAAGAGGAGGAGGAGGAGGAGGAGGAAGAAGAGGAAGAGUAAACUAAACUUGCAUUUUAUACCGAAAAGAAGGAGAACGAGAGAAAACCAGAGGGAAAAUGUGCAACGGGACAAACACAAAUAUUUAUUGGGAAUUCAAAGCCCAACAGCAAUUCACACCUCUCUGAAGAUUUGUUUCUGGAGCCUAUGGGAAAAAAACAUUAUCUCGGCAUUGAAGAAUAGACUAUACCGCUUCACAUUUUCACUAGCAAGUUAUUGCUUUUUCUUAUACGUUUUGAGAAAAUGUGGAAAGACAAGUAUCGAUGUUUUUUGAGACUUUGGGAUUGAUGUUGAAAGUAAGAUCGGUUGUGAAGAUCACAUUGCAUUUGAACUUCACAUACAUAGAGAUGUUAUUGUGUGACUGAGGACUGGAAGAAUGAAAGAAUGGAAAAUGGGAUAAUAUUAUGUAAUUAGUAGGCAGAGCUGAUUUCAAGCUAGAUUUUUGACUUUUUGACUCUGGUUUGUUCUGGAUUGGUGCCAUGUAUAUGAGUUCAUCCGUGAGCCCGUUUAGAAAGCAGAACUACACGAAUGUGUCUUGCAUUGUCUGAAAGAGCAAAAUACUCUUUUGUUUUCCUGUUAAUCACAUUGUCACAUGAUCUUGAUUGCAGGCUGUAGGGAUAGGAGGACAAAUCACUCUCCUAAUUUUGCCAUAUAGUUCAGAGAGAAGCUUUAAUGAGGAGGACAAAUGAAAGUAGGGCACAAACAUUCACAGCCUUGAAAGAUGUUUGUAAGAGCAGACCUUUUACCCAUGCCGAUAUAACAAUACAUCCAAGCAGAAGAGGAAGAAGUGGUAAUAACCUACUGAGGUGGUCAUGGCUUUGUAUAAGCAGCAGCUGCUUUCUCCAUUGACAAAAGACAGGAAAUGCGUGUGAAAUUAAACUUUCGGAUGUUAUUGCUGUUUAGGCACCUGAAGUUAUAGCAUCAGAUGUAGUUCAGAACAUUUAAUGGCUGAUGUUGAUUAUUUGGGAAUGUUUAUGUGUUAUGUGUAGAAAAAUAGGAAAGAACAUGAUGUGUUGAGAAAGUAUUCAAGCAAGUGAAUUGCUUGAUUUUUUUUAAUAAUCUUAAUUUAAAAGGGUGAACAGUUCUCUUUCCUUACGUUGAAGCAGAAAUUGCUAAUGCAAUACCAUUAUUUAAUAUGGUUACACUUAUGUACACAUGAAUGUCUGAAAUGUUGGAAUGGUUUGUUCUUCAUUCAGUUUCUUAAAAAAGACACUUGGCAAUAUAAAAGAUGUUAGGACAAGCUUCUCUACAGGACACUAAUAUCAGUGAUGGACGUGCAGUAUAAAAAAGACAAAGUGGACAAGUACAUGGACAAAUCUUCUUCGAUAUUUAAUCUCCAACUUAAUUUUUGCCUUUGGUCUGAUGCAUUUUUCAAGCCACAACGAAGACAAUCCUACAAGCUUCAUUCAACAAUGUGGCUUUGUUGUUGUUUUUUGUACCCUCCACAUAUAAUAUAUAUUACACAAAAGUAUUUAAUGGACUGCUGUCCUUUUAUGAGUAUACAUGAAGUAUUUGUAGUCUCUGGAUUAGAGUGGCAUAGGUUCGCAAAUUGCAGUCAAACAAUACAGUUAUACAUCUGGGUGGCAUAUAAAGUUACACCUACAGAACAAUAAAAGUUUCUGGACAGGGUGCAUUGACUUUAUAUAAAGGAUGAAAACAGAUAUUUGUUGAUUUCUGGAUAAUGACUUUCUGAAGUGUUGAUUUGUUUUGAUGCUUGAUGUGAGAUUGUGUACUGACCAUCAGUUUUACUCAGAGCAGGAUUUGGAUUUUUACUUGGAUUCUUUGAUAUGAGAUGAUUAUUGUUGGUGAGCAAAUAAUUUGAAUUUUAUAAGGGGAAAAUAUUUUUAUUUGAGCAGUGAGAUAUAUACAGUGUUCCUAUAAAUGGAAAAUAGUUUUGGACAAAUGACUGGUGUUUAGUACUAUUACAGCACAUUUAUUCAUAUAUACUGUGUUGUGUGUAUUUGAGGGCCAAGUAUGCCAUACUAUAUGCAGUUUUCAUUAGUUUAUUUAGGUGCUAUAGGUAACAUUACUAGCACAGAGUAGUUCAAAUACUGACUGUGAUGCUGACGGGUUUUGCAUCAUGAAAUGUGCGCCGUUCAAUUGAAAGCCAGCUUUAGUUUUCCUAAAGAUGGCAUGCUUUUGUACUAUAAUGUAUGAGAUAUAGACAAAAAGAUUGUUUUUACCUCAUAAAGCUAAAUUAUAAGAAACAAGCCAAUGUUCAAAUCUGUAAUAUAAUAGGAUUCCUAUGGCAUAGGAUGGUGGCCAAAUUGCUUUUAAUAUAGAAUACCAGACGAAAAAGGAACCAUUAGAAAUUGAGCAGUUUUACAGUUGUCGACGUGUUAAAGCAUUAUGGCAAAAGCAUGAGCCUUUGAGGACAUUUGGAAACAGCAGACGAGAAUUGCGAGAAUUUUCAGCGCACUUUCGCUGGCAAAAAUAUUCAUUGUCUAUUGUCAAUAGUGUAUGAAGCACAACCAAGCAGCUUUGUGUUGCUCGACACGGUGAAUUUGUUUCCAAAUUGAAUGCGCCUCGCAUGUAUUCCUAUUUAAAUGACUGUUCUCCGAGCAACUGUAAGUGCAACCGCACCUUUAAUGUUGUGAAAUGUCACAGCUGAUGUACAGUUGAUUACAGAUGAAUACAUUGAGGGUGAAAAAGUUUUUGUUUGUGUUCGAUUCACUGUGCUGACCAACAGAACGCAGGGUUGCCAAGUCCACGGUUUUACCGAGGUUGCCAGGGGUUGUCGUUUUUUAGUCCGGGACGCCCUGUGAACGCAAUUUUGAUGGAGUGCACAUCCGACGGAAGGGAAAAGCACGUCUGGAUUAGUUUUGGGCUAGUUUUGAAUAGCAAUUUGGUUGGUUUUGUUUCACAGAUCUGGCAACCCUGUUUAAAAAAUAACUUCUGCACACUGCUGACAACAGACUGAAAAUUGUGGCUAAUGUGGUCGCUAAGGUUUUCAACUACAAACAUAGGCCUACUUUGGACUUGUAGUCAAGCAUUUUUCUCGCCAGUGUCCCAUGUGCAUGACAAAUGCGUUUGUUGCAAUAGAUUUUCAGUUUCAUUGUCAGUUUUAGCUACAGAAGACAGUUUGUGCUUUUCAAAGAAAAAAAUCUUGCCUUUAAUGAAAUCACAAGAAGUAUUGCUUUUUUUCCACAGUUUGAACCAAGUAAACAGUG